UCUUCCCCAGCCUCUCUGUGCUAUCUGUCGCAAACGGAGCAGCUGCCCCGCUCAACCAAGCAGUAUGGCCGACUUUGUGAUUUGCGGCGACAUUGGUGGAACCAAUAGCCGCCUCGCCCUCUUUGAAGUACCUGCUGGCACGGCCCAGGCCAAAGAAAGCCGGAUCGGUGACCUUCACCAUCUCAUCCACUCUCACAACUACAAGAACGACAAGUUCUCCAGUUUCACCGAGGUGGUUCAAAAGUUUAUUGUGGACGCCCACCAAGAAAAUCCCGAGGUCAAGCGCAUUACCAUCUCCACGGCCUGCUUCGCCGUCGCUGGCCCCGUCAGCGACAACGUGGUUCGUUUGACCAACCGCGGCGAGUGGAACAUUGCUGCGAAGGAACUUGAAUCCUCUUUUGGCAUUCAAGAGGUUCGCCUCGUCAACGACUUUGUGGCCAAUGGCUUUGGCUUGCUCACGCUCAACACGCACGAGUAUGAAACGGUCCAGGGAGGUGCCCACAACUCUGAAGCCCCGAUUGCUCUCGUCGGCGCAGGCACAGGCCUCGGCGAGUGCUUCUUGACAUAUACGGGACAGCGCUAUGAGGCCUUUGCCACUGAGGGCGGGCACGUCGAGUUUCCUCCUCGCAACGAGGUUGAGAUUGAGCUUUUGCGCUAUUUGCAAAAGAAAUUUGGCAGCUCCAGCAAGCCCGCGCGCAUUUCCACGGAACGCAUCGUCAGUGGCAAGGGAAUUGAAAACACGUACGACUUUUUCACCAAGUAUGCGCCUGACGAAGUCGACGAGCGCUGCAAUCGCGAAAUCUGGGAUCAAGACGAGCCGGCCAAGAAGAUCAGCAUGAUGGCCUACGAUUACAAGCUGGCUCAACGUACCAUGGAACUCAUGAUGGCAACCUAUGGCGCCGAAGCCGGCAACGUGGCACUCAAAUACCUGCCCUAUGGUGGUCUGUACAUUGCAGGUGGCAUUGCUCCCCACAACAUGCAGUACAUCAAAGGCGCCGAUAGCAUCUUCUUGCGCGCCUUUCACGAUAAAGGCCGUGUUGCCUCCAUUCUCGCCGACGUCCCAAUUCGCGUCGUCAAGUCGGAAGAUCUGGGCUUGCGGGGUGCCCACGUGGUCGCCGUGCGCAUGCUGGUGGACAGGCAGUCUGUAACUGGCCAGCGCGCCCCAGCACGCGCUGGCGUAUCCCCAGGUGCACCUGGUCACAAUCGCUCAACAGCCGGGUCGCCCGCUGCUACUCAGAGCCCCACUGGCAUUGACAUGGCAACAAUGCUCGUGACCGCCACCAUGGCUUCGGUCAUGGCAGUGCUUGCAUCGCACUGGAUCAUCAAGCGGCUUUAAAUGGGGCGCAACUGCUCUGGGUGAAUGCAUCAAGUUUAUUCUACAAGGGUGAUGCAGAGUUGUCAUGCCUACCCUUCCCAGACGUGAGGCAGCACCGCGAUCCAACUUGUUCGAGCCACAGCCGAGUCAAUCAAUUUGCAUUGGUA